AUGGCAAAAUUAUUCAAACACUGUCAGUUAAAAGUGGAAAAUCACGCGUUCAACCGAACCUUGUUACCUGGCCACUACAAGGUCAAAGAGUACUGCCCAUUAGUUUUCCGCGGACUGCGAGAGCGUUUUGACAUUUCCGAGGAUGAUUAUACGGAUUCCCUAUCGCUGCAUCAUAUUGAGCCUCUUAUUACACAAGAUGAAAUCGAAAAGAUGGAAGAGGCGAACGCAGACGGAAGAAUGCCCGGAAAACUGCGAAAACGCGACAUCCUAAGAUCCUACUGCGGUCGAUUCAUCGUCUCCCUCAUCUCCACCGAAGAUGUCGAGCAAUUACAUAAUGUUUUGCCUAGCUAUUACGCCAUGGAUUCGAAAAACGUUACUUUUCAGAAUUGA